AUGUCCACAACCACAACCACAACCAUAUCAACCACACAAUCAAAUAUUAAAUUAAAAUAUAACAUUGAAGAUAUUGUAGUUGAUCUCCCAUCAUUUUCAAAAAAAUUCGAAUGUAAUGUUUGUUUUAAUUAUAUAUUAGAUACCAAGAAAAAAGAAGCAAGGCAAUGUAUUGAAGGACAUAUUGUAUGUUUACCAUGUUGGCAGCAAUCGUUAAGAGGCAGAAAAGAAUGCACACAGUGUAGAUCUCCAGUGGAAUCGGUUUCAAAGCUUAGUAGAAAUAGAUUUAUGGAAAAAGAAUUUGAAGAAACUUUAGUAAAAUGUCCCUAUUCAAAUCAAAAGAUAAUAAAAGAAGCAAUUGGUACCCAAAGUAUUAAUAAUAUCAAUCCAAACUUAAUAAAACUUGACAUAUUAUGUGACAGUGUGGUAAAAUUUAAAGAUUUGGAUAACCAUCUAGGAAAUGAAUGUCAUCACCGAGUUUUUAAAUGUAGUUGCAACCUAUAUUAUAGAAUCUAUAGUUCAGAAGAUCACAACAAGCAAUGUUUAUUAUCAAAUGUAAAAUGUGAACAUUGUUCCAAACAAAUUCAAAGAAGGCUAUUACAGGAUCAUUAUAAAAAUGAUUGUGCAACUCAUUUGUCAAAAAAUUUAUCAAAAUUAUCAGUGAAAUGCGAUUACCAAGGUUGUGAGACAGAAUUACCAAUUCACAAAAUUUCAGAUCAUAUUACAUCUCAUAUGAACCAUCUUCAUUCCACCAUCAAGCAAUUAGAAAAUAAAAAUAAAGAAAUAAUGGAAAAAUUAGAAGAUGUAAAAUCUGCAUGCAACAGAUCGAUUUUAGAAAUUGUCUUUCUUAAAGGAAGUCUUAAUAAUGUGAGACUAGGUUAUGCCAACUCACUCAGCAGUUUUUGGGCAAUCAGUGAUUAUAAAUCAAAAUUAAGGGAAUAUCCUCACAGGAAAUUUUUAGAUUCUAAUGCUUUUAACGUAGGUCCUUUCAGAUUUAAUUGGCGUAUUUACCCUUAUGGGUGCCCUGGAAAUCCUGGUCAAACAUCACUACAUCUUACUUCAGUCGAGCUUCAGGGCCUUGACGUGACCGUAUGGUUUAAUGUUAGAAUUGAAAACGAUAAUUAUUUAGUAGAAAGAUGCAAAACGUUCUGUUUUAAUGAAGUGCACCGAACUGAAAAUGGAUUUCCAAGAUUGAUAACCUCAAAGGAAUUGGUUUUUGAAUGUAUUGAUAAAGAUGGUGAUCUACAAAUAUUUUUCGAUAUUAAAAUAGAAAAAGUAGAAUCAAAUGAACAAGAUCCAUUGUUUUCUUAA